AUGGACGGACCCCGGGUCCCCCCGGCCCCCCACGGGGCGCGCAGAGACGACGCAGCACUCCGGCUCUGCGAGGCCCCCCGGGCCCAGCGGCCGCAGGGGCUGCCCUCCCGGGCCUCCGGGCGCGCGCCCUCGGGCCGGCCGGCCUCGGGGGCGGACGGGUCGGGCCACGUCCGCAUCCGGCGGGCCGCGCGCGGCGGCGGCGCGGGCGGGCCCGAGGCGCAGGAUGCCCGCGGGCCGGCGCGGCCAUGCCCUGGCGAGCGCUCGUGCUGGCGCUGCUGCUGCUGCGCCUGGGCCUGCACGCGGCGCUCUGGCUGGCGCUCGGCCCGGGCCCGCCGCCCCCCGGCCCGGCCUGGCCGCGGCCCCGCCCGGCGCCCGCGGGCCCCGCGCGGCCGCCGCCCCCCGCCCCCGCCCCCGCGGGGGGCGCCGUGGGGCGCGGGCCGCGGGCGCGACGAGUACGAGCGGCGCUACGCGGGCGCCUUCCCGCCGGGGCUGCGCGCCCGCAUGCGCGACCGCGCGCGGGGCAUGUUCGUCUUCGGCUACGACAACUACAUGGCGCACGCCUUCCCGCAGGACGAGCUCAACCCCAUCGACUGCCGCGGCCGCGGCCCCGACCGCGGGGACCCUUCAAACCUGAAUAUCAAUGAUGUCCUCGGGAACUACUCCUUGACGCUGGUCGACGCGCUGGACACGCUGGCAAUAAUGGGGAAUUCCUCCGAGUUCCAGAAAGCCGUCAGGCUGGUGAUCGACACCGUCUCCUUCGACCGAGACUCCACCGUGCAGGUGUUUGAGGCCACGAUAAGGGUCCUGGGCAGCCUCCUCUCCGCACACAGGAUCAUCACCGACACCAAGCAGCCCUUCGGGGACAUGGCCAUCAAGGACUACGACAACGAGCUGCUGCACAUGGCCCACGACCUGGCUGUGCGGCUGCUGCCGGCCUUCGAGAACACCAAGACCGGGAUCCCCUACCCGCGGGUGAACCUCAAGACGGGCGUCCCCCCUGACAGCAACAACGAGACGUGCACGGCGGGCGCGGGCUCCCUCCUGGUGGAGUUCGGGAUCCUGAGCCGCCUGCUGGGGGACUCCACGUUCGAGUGGGUGGCCCGGCGGGCAGUGAAGGCCCUCUGGAGUCUGCGGAGCAACGACACGGGCUUGUUAGGCAACGUCGUGAACAUCCAGACGGGCCACUGGGUGGGCAAGCAGAGCGGCCUGGGCGCCGGCCUGGACUCCUUCUACGAGUACCUGCUCAAGGCCUACAUCCUCUUUGGCGAGGACGACGACCUGCACAUGUUCAACGCCGCCUACCGCAGCAUCCAGAGCUACAUGCGCAGAGGCCGGGAAGCCUGCAACGAGGGUGAAGGGGACCCGCCGCUCUACGUCAACGUGAACAUGUUCAGCGGGCAGCUGAUGAACACGUGGAUCGACUCCCUGCAGGCCUUCUUCCCGGGACUGCAGGUCCUGAUUGGGGACGUGGAGGACGCCAUCUGCCUGCACGCCUUCUACUACGCCAUCUGGAAGCGCUAUGGGGCCCUCCCUGAGCGCUACAACUGGCAGCUGCAGGCGCCCGACGUGCUCUUCUACCCGCUGCGGCCCGAGCUGGUGGAGUCCACCUACCUGCUCUACCAGGCCACCAAGAACCCCUUCUACCUCCACGUGGGCAUGGACAUCCUGCAGAGCCUGGAGAAGCACACGAAAGUCAAGUGUGGGUACGCGACGCUGCACCACGUCAUCGACAAGUCCAAGGAGGACCGCAUGGAGAGCUUCUUCCUCAGCGAGACCUGCAAGUACCUCUACCUGCUGUUUGACGAGGAGAACCCGGUGCACAAGUCUGGGACCAGAUACAUGUUCACGACGGAGGGCCACAUCAUGUCCGUGGACAAGCACCUGCGCGAGUCUCCCUGGAAGGAGCUGUUCGCCGAGGGCGGCAGGCCCGGCCCGGGGGCCAAGGCGUCUGAGUUACGCAUCCUCAACUCCAGCUCCAACUGCAACCGCGUCCCCGACGAGAGGCGCUACUCGCUUCCCCUGAAGAGCGUCUACAUGCGGCAGAUCGACCAGAUGGUCGGCCUGCUCUGACCACCGCCCGCUGGCUCCGGCCCUGCCCGCUCCGCGGUUCUCUCCCGUUCAAUAAAGUGUCCUCUUGUUCUGAGCAUCCCGAGGUGAGAGGGGGCGGGCCCCGGGCCGAGGGGCCAGGACGCCUGCUCACGUCCCCCGUGGGGUGGCCGCCCAGGACGGACUCGGGACGGUGUCCAUCCCCGAUCUGUGCCCACGCUGCCGACGUUGGCUGGAGCGCCGCGCGCCGAGCGUGGCGGGUGGCCCUUCGGGACGUGGCUCGCGCUGGCCUUGGACUUCCCCAAGCAACCAGGUGCCUUCCUGGGAGAGACACCCUCGGCCCCCGCUGGCCCCUCUGGGGGAAGACCUGCCUUGAGGGGAGGGGCAGGGGCCGCGCCGCCCUGAGACCACAUGCUGGCCAGGGCCAGGGCAGGACACGGAGGACGUGGGAGCCCCCCGGACGGUAGCCCCGCUCUGGGGGGCCUGGCCUGUCACCCCUGCCCGUGGAUCGCCUGGUUGACGCUUUCCUCUGCCUUUGGGGUGCUGAGGGCUGGCGCCUGUCUCAGCCUCACCUCGGUUCCAUCUGGAACAGUGAAUGCUCUUGUUUUUUUUAAGCUGUAAUAGGAUUCAGUUCUUGGAGAUUUCUAUAAAGGGACCCUGCAGUGGGGUGUGACCUCUGUCUUUUAAAUGUUUAUUUAUUAUACGAAAAAGUAAGAAAAGACGCCACUUUAUAUGUUGCCUUUUUAAUUCUCUCCCUUUUUUUGUUCUUAUUUCUUCUUACCUUAUUCCUGAAGCACUUUCUUUGUCAACGUGGCCUCAUCCGUAGGGGAGAGAUGUUUGAGUUCUGUGUCGCGGGCCAGAGCGAUAGCACAGCAGGGAGGGCGCUUGCCCAGCACUCAGCCAACCAGGGUUCCGUCCCCGACAUUCCAUAGGGUCCCCCGAGCACCGCCAGGAGUAACUCCUGAGCGUAGAGCCAGGAGUAAGCCCUGAGCACCUCUGCGUGUGGCCCCAACGA